AUGUCGACUCUUGACCAACCUGCUUGCACGAGCUGCGGCAAAAUCGCUUCCAGCCUUGAAGCUGGCAAGAAGAUGCUCGUCUGCUCUCGAUGUCAAUUGCAGGCCGAGCGUCUCGUGCAUUACUGCUCUCGCGACUGCCAGGUCUCGCACUUCAAGCUGCACAAGCCGACGUGCGGCAUCAAGCUCGCGACGAACCCCGACUUCCCCUCCAUCGCCGACCCCGACGCGCCAUUCCAGCCGCCCCAAGCGCUCCUCUACCACCUCGCCGCGCUUUCGACUCUCCCGCCCUCUGCUUCUCCGACCACUCCUCCACCAUCCUUUCUCUACUUCCCCAGCAACCCACUCUCCGACGCAGCCAGCUCAUCCUCCAAACCGCCCGUCAUGCCAAUCCCGGUCUCACUCCCUCCUCCCGCUCGAAACCUCUUCAACUGUCUGUCCUGGGUCGCGUUUAAGACGGCCAAUCCGCUCUCGGUCGUGCUCAUGUACUCGCUCUUGUUGACGGAGAUUGAGGCGCUGGGAGGAGUGGAGGACCGGUUGGUUGAGCAGUUGAGCGAGGAGUACAGGCUGGACGGGAAGCAGGAAGUCGGCGGCGAGAAGAGGAACAGCUUGAGGCAGAUGCUGGAUGAUGAGGAUGAGCCUAAGGCGGAGGACUUGAUGGUUGCCAUCGGGGGAGAGAAGAACCAGGGCAUUCUCGUCGAAUGGCAGAUGUACGAAGCGGAGCGGAUGCGCUCAAGCAAGUAA